UCUUUGUGUGCUACUCUGGUUUCCGCCCACUAGGAGGCACACAAAACAAGUUCUCACAAAGCAUGUUUGGAGUGCUUGGAAGAUCGGUGGCUUUAGUUUGGUGUAAAAAUUGAAGUAGGGAAUGAAAACCAAGAAGCUGGUAGCUGAAUGUUUAUGUUAUAAUGUUGUAUCGAGUGCAACCCACCACUCUCGAAUCGGGACAGUCUUUAGUCGAGAUGCCUGACUCUACAAGCAUAGUUAACUCCCGAUUAAUCGCAAAUUAAUCGCAGUUUUUCUGUCUGUUCUAAAUCUAACGUAACAGAGAUUUUAUCAAGACAAGCGUGGUAAUGUUGUUUAUAACAACAACCCAACAUAACAGACAUCGUCUCUUUAGCAAAACCUCAGUAGCACUAUAUGCUACAUGCACAAGAAGGUACUUGUUUACGUCGCCCUCCCAACAUCUCGGCUUGCGUCCUGAUCUCACCUACAGGAGAGUUGAAGGGUCAUCCCAAACUCACACGCAGAGAAGCAGAUGGUCAUAUAAGCAGCGAGUUUCAGAGGCGUGAAGGUUCACAUCAGUUCCUUUGGCAGUCUCAUCUCUAAUAGAAUCAAAAUCCAUACUUUACAUUCAAGAAAGACAAAGACAAGUUAGGAGGAAUUCGAAGGUCGGCAUCGCAAAGGAGGUGAGCCCUAGCAAUUCAAUAUGUGUGUCGGCUCCUCAUUCUCUCUUCUGGGAUCACUCCCAAAAUGGUUCAAACACCAGCAACUGAGUGCAGUCCUUUCCUCUAACCAUUGUCAUGGCUGGGAAAACCAACGCACAAGGGCUGGCUCACUGUAUUAGCUGUCAAUGGUCUGUUCUUAAUAGACUGACCACUGACUGUUACUUAUAAAUAUUACAUAUAAUUACCACUACUCUCACAGGAACAAAUCCAAUUAUGACCAUUAAUAUUUUUUUCAUACAGCGUUCUCAUAGAGGCAGGAUGGAAUCAUUGGAGAAAAGUGUCAGGUGUGAUGUGUGACACAGAAUAAAAUACUGUCAAUAAAAUAAAAUAACAAAGGCUGAUCACAAAUUCAACAGUGUGGCGGUCGAGGGGAAGAAGCUGUUCCUGUGACGGGAGGUUCUGGUCUGGAUGGACCGUAGUCUCCUACCAGAGGGAAGAGGAACAAACAAAACAAACAAAAGGGUGUCGGCAAGGAUGAAAGGGAAAGUGUCCAAAAGGGUGGUGAGGCCAGCAAUGUUGUAUGGUUUGGAAACAGUGGCACUGAGGAAAAGACAGGAGGCAGAGCUGGAGGUAGCAGAGAUGAAGAUGCUGAGCUUCUCUCUGGGAGUGAGCAGGAUGGAUAGGAUCAGAGGGACAGCACAUGUGCUCAGGUGUUUAGGAGACCAAGUCAGAGAGGCUAGAUGGAGAUGGUUUGGACAGAGGAGAGAGAGCCAGUGCAUUGGUAGAUGAAGAUGUUGAGGUUGGAACUGCCAGGCAGAAGGUGGAGAGGAAGGCCACAGAGGAGAUUGAUGGAGGUGGUGAAGGAGGACAUGAGGAUUGUAGGUUUGAGAGAAGAGGAAGCAGAGGACAGGGUGAGAUGGAGGAGGAGGAUCCACUGUGGAAAAAAAAAAGGAAAAAAAGAAGAAGAUUCUCAAUGGUCUGUAUGCUCCUCUCCAAACAGGGCCUGUUUUGAGGAGCUGCAGCAUAACUUCAUAGUUUACUGGAUUCUUUUGGAUCUACUGUCAGAUCUGAUAUAUGUGGCGGACAUGCUUGUCAGGACCAGAACAGGUUAUCUUGAGCAAGGGUUGAUGGUAAAGGAUGAGAAGCUGCUGCGGGAAUGCUACGUCAGCAGUUUUCAGUUUAAGCUGGAUGUUGUCUCCAUGUUGCCCACAGACAUCCUGUAUUUGUUUCUCGGGCUGGACUACCCUGAGAUCCGGAUGAACAAGCUGCUAAGAAUCGGACGCAUGAUGGAGUUCUUCACCAGGACUGAGACUAAAACCAACUACCCAAACAUCUUUCGAAUCGCAAACUUGAUCAUGUACAUCCUGAUCAUCAUCCACUGGAACGCCUGCUUCUACUUCUCCUUCUCCAAGUCCAUUGGUUUUGGGUCAGACGAUUGGGUUUACCCAGCGUUGGAUGAUCCAGAAGAACCAGAGUAUGGACAGCCAAUGAGAAAGUAUGCGUUCAGCCUCUACUGGUCCACCCUGACCCUCACCACCAUUGGAGAAACUCCACCCCCGGCGUUGGACUCUGAGUUUGUCUUCCAUGUGGUUGACUUUCUUGUUGGGGUUCUCAUCUUUGCCACAAUCGUGGGAAACAUUGCGACCAUGAUCUCCAACAUGAACGCAGCUCAAGCUCAGUUUCAGUCCAGGAUUGACAACAUCAAGCAGUACAUGCAGGUCCGGAAGGUCAGUCAAGAACUCGAACUGCGUGUCAUCAAGUGGUUCGACUAUCUUUGGAACAACGGUAAAGCGCAAGAUGAACGAGAAGUGCUGAGGUAUCUUCCCGACAAACUCAAAGCGGAAAUCGCCAUUCAGGUGCACAUGGACACCCUGAAGAAAGUCCGUAUCUUUGCAGACUGUGAGGCUGGACUUCUGAUCGAGCUGGUGCUCAAGCUCCGGCCUCAGGUCUUCAGCCCUGGUGACUACAUCUGCAAGAAAGGCGAUAUUGGCCGUGAGAUGUACAUCAUCAAAGAUGGACAACUUGCGGUCGUGGCAGAUGAUGGUGUCACGCAGUUUGUGGUUUUGGGAAGCGGCAGCUAUUUUGGCGAAAUAAGCAUCUUGAACAUCAAAGGCAGCAAAGCGGGGAACAGACGGACGGCCAACAUCCGCAGCAUCGGCUACUCUGACCUCUUCUGCUUGUCCAAAGACGACCUGAUGGAGUCACUGUUGGAGUACCCAGAGGCUAAAGCCAUGUUGGAGGACAAAGGGCGACAAAUUCUCAUGAAAGAUGGUCUGAUUGACUUGGACCCGGCAAACAUAAUUCCAGAGGCCAAAGAGCUGGAGGAGAAGGUCAACAAGCUGUACAGCACCAUGGACCUGAUGCAGGUCAAGCUGAAGAAGAUUCUGGGCCACUAUCAGAACGCCGACCUGGCAUUAAAUCAUCGUAUCGCGGACCUGGAACGCAUGACAGGGGAGGAGGUGGAGGGUGAGCAAGAGGAAGGAGUGGAAAAGGAGACGCGGGAUGAGGAGGAGGGAGAAGCUCAUGGAGCAACAGGAGGAGAUGAGGAGCAAAGUACUGUAAAGGAAGAAAAAGAUAGUUGAAAUUGCAAUAAAUCGUUCACGGAUAUAAAGAUUAUGAUCUUAAAUAAAUUAUUGAUCUGAACAUGAUUCUUUUUUUUACUCCAGUAAAUGAAUGAAAUCUUGAGAAAUGGUGUCCAUUUCUCUUCCAAAUCAUGGGCAAGCCUGAAGCUCAAGAAUUAAAAUGAAACUCCCUGCUCGUACUGGCAUAAUUCAGAGGUUUUCUGAAACAAUAACAUGAGUUUAUGAUUAAUCUCCUUGUAAAACGGACUGUUUUUAGCUUUGCAACAUCAAGUCUCUCUUUGGUGAUAAAGGUGCGCUGUCACUCUGAAACUCACAGCACACAAUCGUUUGUUGUUUUCCUGGAAUGAGAAAAUGCUUCUCUUAUUAAAGACAAAUAUUGUGCUCUGUAAACAUGAGGUACUCU